CCAUAAAGAAUAAAUCCUUUCAUAAGACUUCCUUUCUGUCGACAAUGGAGAAAGGGGACCUCCAGAAGGGUUUUGCUGAAGCCAAUCACAUCUUUGAAGGAGAGGUGCACGUUGUGGGGCAGGAGCACUUCUACCUGGAGACUCACAGCUGCAUUGCCAUCCCGAAAGGUGAAGAAGGAGAGAUGGAGAUUUUUGUAGCCACGCUGUGCCCAAUGAUACUUCAGGUGAUGCCUGAUCACAAUCCACUUAAGGUCGAAUCCAGCAGGGGGCCUCAAUGGACUUGCAUCAGAGGUGUUUGGUUUGAUUAUGGGGUGUCUUAUGAAAUCUACCAGUUUCUGGUAAAAAGGGUUGAACUAUGACCCAACAUGGUGCCGCGUCCCCUAUGAUUGGUCUCCUUCAGCCAUAUGAUGCAUUCUGCCACCCGCCUGGCACUUGUUCCUCUAGACUGCAAGCUCA